AUGUAUGCAGCUGGUGUGGAUGCUGUUCUAAACGCUAGUGCCAGUCACCAUGAACUAAGAAAACUAAGCAGAAGAAUAGAGCUUAUCAAAUCUGCAAGUAGAGCAAACGGUGGUGGACUUUAUGCAUAUACAAAUCUUAGAGGCUGUGACUCAGGAAGAGCAUGUUACGAUGGAUGUGCUUUGGCUGCUGUUUCUGGUCAGCUGAUUUGUAUGAGCCAACAAUUUGGAUUUGGUGACGUAUCGGUUGACACUGUUACCGUUUGUCUUAAUUCAUUACGGUCCAAGCGAAUUGCCAGUCGCUGUUUUGGACGUGCAGCUGCAGCAAAUUCUGCCGCGAAAGUUGAUGCUUUAGGUAUUGCGCGCAGUGAAUAUCCAGUAAUUAAGGUUAAUUUCGAUCUUUGUCAUAGUGAUUACUGGUUUGAUCAGUCCUUACAGUCGUAUAUUGAUAGUCACAUUCUUUCACCUGGAGAAGAGAUAUCUUGUGGUCCUGCCUUAUGGCUAUGGGAUAAUUUACGCCGAAGCAAGUCUUCAGGAUACUUUCUUUGCUUAAGUGGUGGCUUGGAUAGUGCUGCAGUUGCAUGCAUUGUUUUUAGUCUUUGUCAUCAGAUUGUUCAAGCUAUCAGUAAAGGUAAUCUAUCUGUCCUACGAGAUUGUCGUACUAUAUUGAACGAAUCGCAUGAGUAUAUUCCUCACAACGCUCAUGAAUUAUGCGGUCGUCUAUUGACAACAUGUUAUUUGUCAACUGAGAAUAGUUCUGCAUGUACAAAAUCACAAGCUCGUCGUCUCGCUGAAGCAAUAGCUUCAAAUCACUUAGAAUCUGAUAUGACUCCAGUGGUAAAACAGUUCAUUCAAAUGGCCUCUGAUACCCUGAAUCUCUCCCAACCACCUCAAUACACUACGAACGGUGGUUCAAGUAGAGAAAGUUUAGCUCUUCAGAAUAUACAAGCUCGAAGUCGUAUGGUUGCAGCGUAUCUCUUAGCUCAGUUGAUGCCAUGGCAACGCAAUUUACCCACAGGUCUUUUAAUUCUAAGCAGUGCAAAUUUAGAUGAAGGAUUAAGAGGUUAUUUAACAAAAUAUGACUGUUCUAGUGCAGAUUUAAAUCCCAUUGGAAGUAUUAGUAAAUCAGAUCUACGACUGUUCAUUGCUCAUUGUGCUCAAACAUUUCCCAACUAUAUGAAUUCUGCAAAUGGAAUAAAAUUUUCAAAAGUGUUAUUUGAUAUUUUGUCGACUCCUCCAACAGCUGAACUGAUCCCGCUAGCGUCAAACGGAGAUAUAAGUCAGACAGAUGAAUAUGAAAUGGGAUUAACCUAUGAUGAAUUGUCAUUGUUUGGUAGGCUUCGAAAAAAAGUGAACUGUGGACCGUAUAGUAUGCUGGAAUCACUUUUAGAUGGCAGUUGGUUACAGAUUAAAAAGGUGAUACCCGAUAACUGUUUCAAAGAUGGUAAACCUACCACUGAACUUGGUAAAUAUCUUAGUGACAAAGUGAAAUUGUUCUUUCGAUCUUAUGCUAUGAAUCGUCAUAAGGCUACUAUUUUACCACCAGCUUAUCAUACUGAGGCCUAUAGCGCUGAUGAUAAUCGAUUCGAUUUUCGACCGUUCUUGUACCCUUGUGAUUGGGAUCAUCAAUUCCGCUGUUUAGAUACACUAGUGGCGAGAUGGGAACAGCAGUUUCAAUAA